UACAGAAUACACCUACUUCUCUCUCUACUCCGUACAUCCUUUUAACAUAUCCACUAGCUCGAUUGAUUCUAUCCAAUCUUCUCCCUGCUCAACAUCAGAAUGCCCUCCCUCGUCGGCCGCGAAGUCGGUGCCACCGGCUAUGGCACAAUGAGACUAACCUGGACUCCCACCCCACCCCCUCAAUCCCAAAGCUUCGAGACCCUCGACACAGCGCUCACCCACGGCGCCAACUUCUGGAACGCCGGUGAACUCUACGGUACCCCCGGCUUCAACUCUCUGCAUCUCCUGCAUGCCUAUUUUUCGCAGUACCCCGAGAAGGCGGACCAGGUGGUGCUGGGUAUCAAGGGUGGGUUGAAACCGGGACAAUUGCUUCCUGAUGGAUCGGAGCAGAACAUCAGGCGCUCGGUGGAUGAGUGUCUGAGGGUGUUGGAUGGGAAGAAGAAAGUUGAUAUUUUUGAGUGUGCGAGGCAGGAUCCCAAUACGAGUGUUGAGCAGACGGUCACCAUUCUGGGGAAGUUGGUGGAGGAGGGGAAGAUUGGAGGCGUUGGGUUGACUGAAGUUGAUGCGGAAACUAUUCGACGGGCAGCCAAGGUGUGCCCCAUCGCGGCCGUCGAGGUCGAAUUCUCCCUCUGGGACACUUCUAUCCUCGAAAAUGACAUCGCCAAAACCUGCCACGAACUCAACAUCCCCAUCGCCGCCUACUCCCCUCUCGGCUGGGGCGCGCUCACCGGCGCCUUCACAAGCAAAGACUCCUUCCCUGAGGGUGACCACCGACGCAAUAUGCAAAAGUUUCAGGACGAGUAUAUGGUGCACAACCUCAAGCUGAUUGAGGAGGUCAAGAGCCUUGCUGAGCGGAAGAGUGUGGCGCCGGUUCAGAUUGCGCUGGCUUGGAUCCUCACGCUGAGUGAGAGGGAGGAUAUGCCGACGAUUAUCCCGAUUCCGGGCGGUUCUACGAAGGACAAGGUCACGCAGAACUUGAACGGGGUGCCGCGGCUUUCGGAGAGCGAGAUGGCGGAGAUUGAGGGGAUUUUGAAGGAGAAUGGCGUUGUUGGGAAGCGGUACUAAUAGGUAUGAUUGUAUUUGUCUGUAU